AUGCGACCUCGCCGCGUGAGCUCCGCUUCGAACCCGUGCUUGGUGUGCUGCCACAGCAUCGACAACGUGACGCGGUUCCAGACCGUCGGCCAGUGCAACCACACGGGCUGCUGCUCGCUCUGCGUGCUGCGCAUGCGCCAGAUCCUCAAGAACAACCACUGCUCGCUCUGCAAGACCGAGAUGGCCCGCGUGAUUUGCGUCAGCGACGAGAAUACGACGUUCGAGAGCUUCCAGGACUGGGGCGACAACAUUGGCCCGACCCACGUCUUUGACGAAGCGUCGGCCAUGUACUUUCUCAAGGACAACUACAAGGCCGUGGUCGCGAUGCGGUCGUUCGCGUGCCCGAUUCCCAAGUGCCCGGAGAAGGCCAAGUCGUUUGCCAACUAUGGCGCGCUCAAGAACCAUUUGAGCACCAAGCACGGCGGCCAGUCGUUUUGCGAUAUCUGCGUGGAGCACAACAACCUCUUCAUCCAGGAGCAGACGCUCUUCUCGCGCGAGGGCUUGAAGAAGCACACGAUGAAAGGCAACCCGGAGCAAGGGUUCCUUGGUCACCCCAAGUGUGAUUUCUGCGGCCAAAAGUACUACUCCAACCAAGAGCUGUACGAACAUCUCCGGAAGAACCACUUUGAGUGCGAGAUCUGCCUCCAUGGCCACGGCAUUGAGAACCGGUACUACAAGGACUACAACGACCUCGAGAAGCACUUUCGCGCCGAGCACUUUCUCUGCGAAGAGCACUCGUGUCUUCAAAAGAAGUUUGUCGUCUUUAAAGACCACCUCCAGUUCCAGUCCCACAUGGCCAACGAGCACCCGCACAUUCGCACGAGCAAGAAGAUCGACGUGAACUUCUCGGUGCGCCGCGGCGACCGCGAAGGCCGCGACGCGUACACGGGCUACGGCUUCCGCGAAGAUGAGCUGCUCGCCGCCGGCAUGCUUUCGUCGGCCGCCGGCGGCGAGGCUGGCAUCACGGUCGCCGACUUUCCCGCGCUCUCGAAUGCUGACGCAGCAGGACUUUCCCGAGCUGGCGCCGUCGGGGCCCCGCCCGCACCGGCCUACCGCAACGCGAUCGCGCCGCCGCCGACGCGCGCGAUGAUGGCCCACCUCCAUGGUGGUGACCAGUGGGACCACCCCGAGCUGCAGCAAGCGGCGAACGCGCUCGGCGCCAACAACCCGCUCAUGCGCUUUGUCAAGCCCAAGAAGAACAAGAAGAAGAAGGCGACCCAGCUUCUCUCGGACCGCCUCGAUGAAAUCGACGACGAGGAAGAGAAGCCGCCGGCCCCGACCCCGGCCCCGGCCCCGGUGGCUGCCCCGGUCCCGACGCCAGAAGUCUCGGUCGUCGAUUUGCUGCAGGAAGCGCUCGGCAGCGAGGCCAAGUUCAUCCAGUUCCGCGAAGUGUGCAAGAAAUUCCGGCAAAAGGACAUUCCCGCCGUGUCGUUUUACAGCCUCGCGCGUGCCAUGUUCCGACCCGAUGAUUUCGUGCGGCUCUUCCCCAAGCUCAUGAGCCUUCUUCCGGACGAGAGUCAAGUCGCCGAGGUCAUGGCGCUCCACGCAGGCAAGAAGGCAGCCGGAAAGGGCAAGAAGACCAAGCCCGAGGCACAGCCCGCAGUUGCCGUUGCGCCUGAGUCGGCGACGUCGGUGCCGCCUGCAUCGGCGUCGCCGGUGCCCGCCUCGUCACCGACGCGUGCGGUUGCGCCGGUUGCGGUCCCCGCGCCGUCGCCGACGCGUGCCGCCGACCUCUUGGGUCGUCGUCAAGCCCCGCCCUCGCUCGGAGACGAGUCGUGGCCGGCGCCGCAGCCCGUGGCCGCCCCGGCGCCCGCGCCAAAGAAGACCCAAGGCAAGAAGCAAAAGGCGCCUGCUGCGGCCACUGGCUGGUCGAACGUCUUCCGGGAGGUCGGCGCCGCGGCCGUGCCCAAGAACCGCAACGGCCCGAAGAUGAACCUCGUCGUCCACAACACGGAUGGCUUUAGCGCCCGCAGCCGCAACACCAAGGCGGCCGCCGACGCUGGCAAUUCGUGGAGUUCGAGUGCGAGCUGGAGCGACCCAGUGUCAGUCCCGACAGUCGCGACGGGGGCGACGCCGUCCAGCACCAAGAUUCAAGUCGUGUCGCAAGAAGACGUCUAUGGUAUGGACGGCCUCGACAUUACCCGCGCGCUGCAGCCCAACAAAGUGCCGAGCCGCACGAAGAGCGACUUUCCAGACCUGCCCAAGGCCGGUCCCGCGAUUGGCGUGCAGCCCGUGCAUUUGGGCCGCAACGGCAACGUCGGCGCGUCGGGGCAGUGGGGCGAGAAGGCGACGACGCCGGAACACAGUACCACCAGCAAGACGUCCAAGAAGAACAAGAAGAAGACCAUGUCGCUGGCCGAAGUGGCCAUGAAGUUUGGGUAA